AUGGAUUUGGUCGGUAGCCCUCGCGGUGGGCUGGUUGGGGAUUUCUCUAGCCGAAUUGACGGGUCGAUAUGCGGCGCCAUUCUCUCCUUGCACCGCCCGUCCCUGUCGUCCCUGUCGUCCCUGUCGUCGAACUGGUCUGCCGCCGCCGCGGCAUUUCCGCCCUGCUUUCAUAGCUAUGGUGGAGGGUCUGCGUCGAGCUCCCACUUCGGCUGCGCGUCCGUACAAAGCAGACAAAGCAUUGCCACAUGUCCGCGAUCUCUGGCGGGGACGGGGACCGCUCCUGGUCCCCGAACAUCUAGCAUCCAAUUUGGCAGCUUGCCGGGGCCCUCCUUGCCUCACAUCCGCGGAAACCACACGGCCACGGCUACUGCUACGGCUACCGAGCAGGCACCAGAUACUGACGACGAUCCUCCCAAUGCAGAGGGCGCCCAUCCACCAAAGAAUGAAUCGAAGAAGCGAGACACCCUCACCGAAGAAGAGCUGCUCGCUCUCGUCGACCCCUACGAUGGCGAAGAAAUCGGCCCCGUCGACGAUUAUCUCCAGCUCGUCCGCGAUCCAUACAUGCGCGGCUAUGCUCCCCCCGACGUACCCAAAGUCUGGCUUGCGCGAACCAAGGAGGAUGUCGACUACCCAUCCGUCGACCAGGUGAUCCAGGCCGGCGAAGAGGAGCAAAAGACGCUCUGGGAGCUCCGCUUCGCCGUGCUUAACCGCCUAAGAAGCCCGCACAAGGUCGACCUCGACGACAUCUAUGAGAUAUACCAACGCCUUCCCGAGCCGCGCAUGCUGUACAUCCACGGCAGGCUCCGCCACCACCUACUCAAAGCCCUCGGCCAGCCCGAGAAGCGGGAUUCCAAAUCCAUGCUGCGCUACUUCGCCGCCAUCGCCGACGUCAAAAACAUGGGCAUUCCCCUGACCAGCGCCGAGUGGAACUCGGCCAUCGCCUUCGCCAGCAAAUACGUCGGCGUGGUGUCCGAGGCCGAGACCGAGACGGCGCUCAAGCAGUGGCGCGAGAUGGAGUGCGAGGCGGGCGUCAUGGCCACCGACGUGACCUUCAACAUCCUGUUCGACGUGGCGUCCAAGUCGGGCAAUUUUACUCUCGCCGAGAUGAUCUACCGCGAAAUGGCCGCGCGCGGACACCGCUACAACCGGUACCACUACACCAGCCUGAUUCACUUCUUCGGCCUCAAGCUCGACACGUCGGGCAUGCGCGCCGCCUACCGCGAGAUGAUCCUCGCGGGCGAAGUCAUCGACACGGUGCCGCUCAACGCCAUGCUCUCGGGCCUGCUGCGCGCGGGGGAGGAGGCCACCGCCGAGCGCCUCUACGAGCGCAUGAAGGCCCUCAGCACCGCCGCCGACGCCCCUGAUAUUCCUGUGCGCACGCCCAGCACUAACCGGGCCAUCACCACCGCUUUGCUUAUGUUUGGCAAGCUGCGCCGUCGCCACGGCGGCUACAAUACCAACGCCAACGCCAACCCCAAGCCCUCACCCACCACCACCAGCAAGAAAACCCCCCUGGGAAGACCCAACUUCCAAAGCGUCACCCUCCUCGCCCCGGACCUCCAGACCUACCGGAUCCUCGUAAACCACUACGGCGUAGACCGCGGCGACCUGGCCAAAGUAGCCAUGUACCUCGACGACAUGAAACUCUUCCGCAUCCCCCUCCACGGCGCCAUCUUCCUAGCCCUCUUCAAAGGCUUCGCCCGACAUGGCGGGUACGAAGGGUCUGCGUGGAGCGCACAGCGGCUCGAGGGGAUCUGGAACGCGCUCUUGUCUGCGCUCGACCGAGACAACAACCUCCCCAAUUCCGGCAAUGGUGGGGGACAGCAGCAGCAGAUCGAGGUCAAGACGUGGCUUGCUAUUUGGGCGCUGCGGGCUUUUGCGAGGUGUUCGGGUACGGGGGGGGGAAGGGUGUUGGAUGUGUAUGAGGAGUUGAAGGCGAGGUGGAGGUUGGGGUUUGCGGAGGAGCAAUUCAUGGCGGAUUUUUUGAGGACGAGCGGGGUUGUUAGUGGCUUUGGAGCUGGAAGGGGUGCGUAUGGGACUGGGACUGGGAGGGGUUAUGGGUAUGGGAAUGCGAGAGGGGGAGGUAAACGAUGA